AUGGUAACACCUCAAUUCGCUAUCCAUUUCCUUAUAGCAGUGACACAACUGCUUACUGGGGUCUUCGCAAAUGGCUUCAUUGUGGUGGUGAAUGUCGUGGACUUGAUCAAGCAGAGACAAAUGGCUCCUUUGGAUCUGCUUAUUUCCUGCCUGGUGACUUCGAGGAUUUUUCUGCAGGUGCUCAUCUUCCUUACACAUCUGGUUCUUCUCUCCUUCAUGGAACAUUCGGUACUUUUGGACAAUUAUGCAAUUUUCCUGUUUGUAAAUAUUUGGGGCCUUUGGUUGGCCACCUGGCUUGGUGUUUUCUACUGUGCCAAGAUCACAACCAUCCCACACCCCCUGUUCUUCUGGCUGAAGAGGAGGCUAUCCAAGUUGGUGCCAUGGCUGAUCCUGGGGUCUCUACUGUAUGCAUCUAUCAGUACUGUCAUCCACAGUAAAUAUAUAUGUACUAUUACGCCAAAAUUCUUCAACUCUUUCUCCAAAAAUGCAACUCAAACCAAAGGAAUGGACAUUAUGACAUUAUCAUUUUUGCUUUUUCAUCUUACAGUUCCAUUAAAUAUCUUCCUCAUUGCUCUUCUGCUCUUGAUUUUUUCACUGGUGAGACAUACCCAGCAUAUAAGAACCAUUGCUGUGGGGACCACAGAUAGCAGCAGGGGCAUCCACUUCAGGGCCAUGAUGUCCUUCCUGUCAUUCCUAAUCCUCUACUUUUCCUACUACCUAAUAGGUAUUUUUUUCUUUUCUCAUAUUUUGCAGUUUGGAAGCUUCCUGUUUGUGUUCUGCACCAUGGUGGCUGGCACCUACCCAUGUAUACAUUCUGUCAUCUUAAUUUUAGGAAACCCUAAACUGAAACAAAGUGCAAAAUGCUUCCUGCUCUGUGGUCAGUGUGGUCAACAGGAUGAACUUGGAUCAGUCCAGAGGACAUAG